AUGGCUACUAGCAGAAAACGAAGUGCACCAAGUACCAAUGCUGGAUCUUCCCAGAACACGUGUCAUACUAGAAGUUCACAUAGGGAGCCUCAUGUUGAGCCGGCACCUUUGUUGGGUGCAGCCGACACACAGAUGUCUGCACCUUCUGGAUCUCAUACUUAUUCCUCUGGUUCAUCCGAUGGACCUGUUCAUUCUGAUACUUCCUCGCAUCCAGAGCUUUGUUCUGUACUCCUGCCAGUGCCUGAGCAGCCACCUACAACUUUGCAGGUACCACCCAUGCCUAGCAUGCAAACAACGUUUCGCAUUCAAGGGUAUAAUCACUGUCAGCCAGCUCCAACAGCACCCAUGCAGUCACUUGCACUGGCACCUCCUCACUCUCCUAUGCAACCUCCCAACCCCCAAGCUUUUGAGCAUUGUCGUCCCACUGAAUCCAUGCCAGUCCCAGCUUGUGAUAUCUGGUCUUUCUAUGUGAAGACAGGGGACCGCCAUCAUUGCGCAUCUUGCAUCACCGAAGACUUUGAAGACAGUGAUAACAUUGCAAAGCAAUCUGAUUUUGGGCUGAAAACUAGCACCAAUAUCCUACAGUGUCACUUACUCGACUUCCAUGUUACUGCAUGGUUGACAAAGUGUGAACAACUGGGCAUUGAAGUUUGUACAAAGCAGAAAGCAUACCGGGAUGCCAUUAACAACUUUCAAAUUGAACAAGGCAAGCAACUACCAUCAUCCGGUGGCACUACACAGCAUCCAUAUUCAAAAGAGUCAUUCAUCGAUGCACUGUCCAUCAAUGUUAUUGAGAAUCCACACCUUCAUGCCAUAUUCUUGAUGCUACACGAAGGUCUUAAAGAGUCUGACAUUCCACAUCGCUAUUCCCCAUGA